CAACCCUCUAUCCGCAUAAACCAGCCAAUGGGGAAGCACUGCCAAGAUUUACCCACGACGCACACUAAGCGAGAAGCAAAUCGAAACCCGCGACCAAGUCUCUGAAUCCGACGACACCCCCCGUUUCGACCGUCCGUCCGUCCCCCUUCCCUUGUCGCCCAGUUUUUAUCCGACAACCCUAGAUACACAGCCAAGAUGUCUGCGAGAGGACGCGGUGGUGCCUCCGGCAACAAGCUCAAGAUGACCCUCGGUCUGCCUUGCGGCGCCGUGCUCAACUGCUGCGACAACUCCGGUGCCCGCAACCUGUACAUCAUCUCCGUCAAGGGUAUCGGUGCUCGCCUGAACCGUCUCCCCGCUGCCGGUGUCGGUGACAUGGUCAUGGCCACCGUCAAGAAGGGAAAGCCUGAGCUCCGUAAGAAGGUCAUGCCCGCUGUUGUUGUCCGUCAGAGCAAGCCCUGGAGACGCCCCGACGGUAUCUACCUCUACUUCGAGGACAACGCUGGUGUUGUACGUACCCUUGCCCCCGAACUCCAAUCCCACUCUUUAUAUCAAGUGGAUGAGGGCUAUAUGCGAUAAUAAUGAUGGAAAUACUAAUGAUCGGUUUAGAUCGUCAACGCCAAGGGUGAGAU